AUGAGCUUCCGAGCGCUUUCCGUCACCAUUAUUAUAGUCUUGCUCAAGCCGAUCGAAGCGGGCAUCAUCGACCACGACCAAGUCGUCCCGUUCCCGCAGUCCCAGCCCACUACCAUCACGAACAAGGCUGCGCUCAAGCUCAAGCCCCGGCUCUUUAUUAACAACGGAUGCCACCUGCACCCCGCUGUGAAUGCGAAUGGUGAUACCAGCGGUGGACUUAAGCCCAAGGGGUCCCCAGAGGGAGGCUGCAGAGGCUCCGGCUCCGGCUCGCAAGUCUACCGGUACGGCCGAUCCACCUGGUACAAUGGGGUCUGGGCCAUCAUGUACGCCUGGUACUUCCCCAAGGACGAGCCGACUGACUUCGACGGCCACCGCCACGACUGGGAGCAUGUGAUCGUGCGAAUCAACAACCCCGUUCUCGAGAACCCGACCAUCCUAGCCAUGACGCCGUCGGCCCACAGCGGAUACUCGACGUAUGCGCCCCCUCCCGCAGAUAUGGUAUCAGGCACAAGCUGCAAGGUCGAGUACACGUCCAGUUGGAUCUUCAUUGACCACCACCUCGAAGGAACGUCGACCGCAGGCGAGACUCAGGACUUGAUCAUGUGGUCCGACCUGACUGACGCCGCUCGCUAUGCGCUGAGCACGACCAACUUCGGCAAGGCCGACACCCCGAUGAAUAACGGCACUUUCAACUGGAAGCUCUCGAAGGCGUGGCCUUGGCCAUAA